AUGGCUGUGAUUAUGCUUGAUCUAGCCGGCCUCAAUGAUGUUACGGACGAUACUAUUCCACGCGUGACGAUUGGCGGCAGCGGAUCUAGAAAGCCCCACCUAUCUUCUUCUUCUCCAACGAUGGAGACCGAAAAUCGACGGUCCAAGAACAGUUUCCAUGUCUUGACGAACGGUGUCGAGCCAAAUCUUCAGUUGCCCACCUCUUCGACACCUCCAGGUUGGCUGCAGCGCUGGAUCGAAGGCCGCGUAGCAAAGCUCAUGCGGCGCCGUUGGUUGUCGGUAGCUUUAGCGGAAUUCAAGUAUCCGUCUCUGUGUGAAUAUCUGGUCCGCACAUCCACGCCUAGCGCAGAAUCCGGCUUGGUUGGGCCGCGUCUUAGAGUCAUGCACAAACCAGAAGCGCCUAAGAACAAUAGCGAAAAUCUUCGCAACGACGUCGAUACCUUAUACCGCGGUAGUCUCGAACCUUGUCUUAUUUCCCUUCUUGUAAAAAGGUACAAGGAUACCUGA